CUUCCCUGGGAAAGUGGCGUUGAAUUUCCCACGCAGAUCGAGGGGGGGGGGGGGAAGGAUCGGGCCCUCCGGAGUGGGAAUCCGGAAAAGUUGUGGCAACGCUCUCUUUCUCUCUCAUGAAUCUCCGUUUUGCAACCAGCUGCUUCUGUGGAGGCUUCGUGUCGUCUCGAAGAGCGAGCGAUUAAUUCUGUGGAAAGAACUGCUAGUACCGAGGCGGGAGGCCUUUUUGAAAUGUAAAGUUUUUUGAACACCUACUGUUUGUUCAGGCCUGAAACCAUAAAUCAGAUCUAGAAAGCUAUUUUACUUUCAACACAAAGAGGGGAAAUGGCGGCGGACGGGGGAGACGUGACAGCUCUGGGUUUCCAGUGGAAGGUCAUGGAGGCUCUCGGAGAAACAGGCCCUGAGCCAGAGGCAGCAGCAAGACAAGGCCCUCGUGACAUCCAGGCCUGGAAAACUAUGGAAUUCUGGGAAAGAGCUGCACCUCAGCAGGUUAAGCAGGAGUCGAACGAAGGGCUCCAGGAGGGCUGGGAGGCUAAAUUUCAGGGGUUUGUGAAAGCGUUGGAGUCUCCUCUUUCGGAGGGGGGCAGUUCUUGGCUACUACAGUCCAGGCCCACAGUCGGUGGGGUCCUGCCGCACUUUGGAAGCGUGGCUGAGCCCAGCCAGCGUCCCAGAGAACAGAGGGUGGCCCAGUUCCCACCAGGCCUCUGUACAGAAUCCCAACCACUUGACGGCGGCCUGUUGCCAUGUGACAAAGGGAACGGUGGCGAAGUGAAGGAAGAGGAGCCGGACGGGGCGGCUGCUGGUUCUGACACGCAACGCCAGCGGUUCCGGCGGUUCUGUUACCAGGAAGCCGGAGGGCCCCGAGUCGUCUUCAGCAGACUCUGGGAGCUCGGCUGUGGGUGGUUGAAGCCAGAGACGCACACCAAGGAACAGAUCCUGGAGCUGGUGGUCCUGGAGCAGUUUGUGGCUGUCCUCCCCACGGAAAUGCAGAGCUGGGUCAGGGGAGGAGGGCCGGAGACCUGCUCACGAGCGGUAGCUCUGGCGGAGGACUUCCUGCUGAGGCUGCGAGAGGAACAGCAGCAGGGAAAACAGCAAACGCUGGUGGCAUUGAAAGAGAUGGUUGUUAAUUUCCCCGAAGAGGGGCCAGCUCCGUUGGAUACCUGGCCGAGGCCGCUGUUUGGGCAGAUCAAGCAGGAAGGUGGACUGGAGGCCACCUCGUCAGAAGGUGAUGAGAUGGUAUGUUGGAAUGAGCGAAGUCGGUCAGAAAACUCCAGGGAACUGGAUCCAGAAGAGAUGUCGUCAAGAAGAUCCAAAGAGGAUGUUUCUCUCAGCCCUGAUCAGGAGGAGGCCUCAGAGAGCUGGCUGGGCAAACAGCUAGAAAAGAAAGGGAGAAUAUUCAUUGAUUCUCAGGGAACCUAUGAAGAUCUCCAGGGAAUUGUCAUGCCACAUGGAAUUUCUAAGGCAUGUGGAGAUACUGUCCCAGUUGAACAGGAAGAAAGCUUUGUAGAGAGAUCUGACCUCGCUGCGCACAACAGGUCCCAACCGGUUGAGAAAAAAUACAAAUGUUUAGAUUGCGGGAGACACUUUGGUCAGCAGUCCCACCUUAUAACACACAAAAGAAUCCACACGGGGGAGAAACCCUAUAUGUGUCUGGAAUGCAGGAAAAGCUUCCGGCGACGAGCACACCUUGUGGAACAUGAGAGAAUCCACACAGGUGAGAAGCCGUACAAAUGCCCGGAAUGCGAAAAGGGCUUCUGCGACCGAUCGAGUUUCAAUAUGCACACAAGAAUCCACACAGGAGAGAAGCCGUACAAAUGCCCGGACUGCGGGAAGUGCUACAGCCGUCACACCAGCCUCACCGAUCACCAGAGAACCCACACGGGAGAGAAGCCCUACAAAUGCCUCCAGUGCGAGAAAUGCUUCAGCGGCAGGUCCAACUUCAAUGCGCACAAGAGAAUCCAUGUCGAAGAGAAGCCUCACAAAUGCGGGGACUGCGGGAAGACUUUCACGCGGCUCUCCAACCUGACCGAUCACAAGAGAACCCACACGGGGGAGAAGCCGUACAAAUGCAAGGAGUGCGGGAAAGGCUUCAGCUGCAGUUCGCUCCUUAUUAAGCAUAACAGGAACCACACGGGGGAGAAGCCGUAUCAGUGCUUGGAGUGCGGCAAAUGCUUCAGCAUGAGCUUCAUCCUCAUUAGGCAUAAGAGAAUCCACACCAGAGAAAAAUCGUAUGAACAAUGAUCUAGCUGGGCGAAGAUCCGGAAAUCUCCACUUGCGUGGGAACGAGGUGGAGAAUGAUAGGAUGGAGCGGGCCAUUUUGUGCUGCAAAUAGGAACCCCAUUUGAGUUUAAAGGGGAGGGGGGGAAUCCAAAGAAACCCUGCAAGAUGAAAAGUAGCUCAGUAAAGAAUGAGCUGGACUGGAACAUUUCUCUUUGAAGUGCUAGUUUUCUACUUGUAGGGAGAUGUGUGCUUUCUUCCCCGUUAGUGCGGAAGUGCAUUCAAAAAUACUGUAUUUCUUCGAUUGUAAGACGCACACUAAUUUCAGUACCACCAACAGGAAAAAAAAAACCCUAAGACACACCCACAAUUCUAAGACGCACCCCAUUUUUAGAGAUGUUUAUAUGGGGAAAAAAGUGUGUCUUAGAAUCGAAGAAAUAGGGUAGUAUUCCCUCACUUAUCCCCCACACCUACAUGGAGCAGAGAAUCAUAGAAUAGUAGUGUUGGAAGGGGCCUAUAAGGCCAUCAAGUCCAACCCCCUGCUCAAUGCAGGAAUCCACCCUAAAGCAUCCCUGACAGAUGGUUGUCCAGCUGCCUCUUGAAGGCCUCUAGUGUGGGAGAGCCCACCACCUCCCCAGGUAACUGGUUCCAUUGUCGUACUGCUCUAAUAGUCAGGACGUUUUUCCUGAUGUCCAGCCGGAAUCUGACUUCCUGUAACUUGAGCCUGUUAUUAGAGGCACCUUGGGAUUCUCGAACCUCAUUCCACUAAACUGGCCACUACAAUCAACCUCUUCUGUACACAGGAGAUUCAUAUAAGGGAGACUUUGAAAGAAUACAGCAGAAAUGUGAACCCUGAGUGAUACUGUGAUGUAACAAGCAGCAAGAGGUGUGUGGACGUAGAGUCAUAAUAACUUCAAAUUGGUACAGUACAUUAAAGCAUCCUUCCCCAACCUUUUAUUUCAUUUUAAUUUUUUAAAUUUUUUAUUGUGAAUAUCAACAAACAAAACAGAAAAUACAUCGUGAAAAUGGGGGGGGGGAACCCCAUACAUUGUGUAUAUAGAAUUAUCAUCAUUUCCGUUGUAUGAGCCGUUAAAAAGCAAAAAGGGAGAGAGUUAUACAAAGGUUUCAAGAAAAGCAGACUAAAUAUCCAAAUAUUGCAAGUUGCGCCUAUAUAACACUCGUUCAAAAGUUGAUAAUGUUAUUAGGUCCUCGAUCCAUUGCAUUAUGGGAGGUGUGAAUUUGUCCUUCCAAUGUGAUAAUGUCAGUCUUUUGGCUGUCAUAAGGGCUCUGAAGAGCCGUCUUCGCUGACCAUGUGUUAACUUCCAGGAAACUGGUAGGUAAUUUAGGAGGAGAUUCUUCCAUAUUAUAGAUUGUUUUCAUCCUUAUUAUCACCUCCUCCCAAAAGAGGGCAACUACUGGGCAUUGCCAAAACAUACGAGUUAAAGAAGCAUUAGAUGCAUUACAUCUCCAACAAUUAUGCAAGUUAGACAAACCCUUAUUGAAAAGGUGUUAUGGAGUCCAAUAGACCCGAAACAAUUUUUUUUUUGCUGAAUAAGACGUAACCUAAGAUCCAUAGUAGCUUCAGAUACAGAUGCUAGAGCAACCAUCCAUUGGUUAGGCAAGAUAGAACACUCCAAUUCUCUGGAGUGUCCACAACUCCCAUCAUCCUGGCUGGGGAUGAUGGGAGUUGAAGAUCACACCUCAAGGGUCCCAGGUUGGGGAGGGCUGCUUUUCUCUCUCUCACUCUCUCUCUCUCUCUCUCUCUCUCUCUCUCUCUCUCUCUCUCUCUCUCUCUCAUACUCACACACACACACAAGUAUUUGGCUGCAAGAAAGGCCAAUGCUAGUUUGGGCUGAAUUAAUAGAAGUAUAGCUUCCAAAUCACGGGAGGUCCUGGUUCCUCUCUAUUCGAC